AAAUUUUUGACGGAAACUAUUCGUUUUCGCUUUCAUCAAUGAAAGGGAAACUGCAGGAAGAAUUUUUAACGCCAAAAGUUGCAUUUCAUCAAGUUCGAUGGAAUCAGAAACUCACAAAAGUCAACGUGUCGUCGUGUCCAAUUGUCUGUCGUUGUAUUUUUGGGUAACUGUUCUAGGAUACAUUUUGGCCGACGAAGGAUACGAUGUUUGGAUGGGAAAUAAUCGAGGCAAUACUUUUUCCCGUGAGCACAAAAAGUAUUCGGUAUUGGAGGAGGAUUACUGGAAAUUUUCGUGGCACGAGGUUGGAUGCAGCGAUCUUCCGGCGAUGAUAGAUUACAUUUUGAUAAAAACGAAUAAAACUGAGCUCAUCUAUACGGGCCACAGUCAGGGGACGACAGAUUUUUGGGUGAUGGCUACGGAACGUCCGGAAUAUCAGAGGAAAAUCAAAGCCAUGUUUGCCCUCGGUCCAGUCGCUUAUUUGGAUCACAUCAAAAGUCUGUUCUAUCGGAUCGUAGCGCAGUUUUCGAAUAACCUUGAAGUACGAUGAUAAUCCGAUGG